UAAUAAGGGAACUGAACAAGUGCUCAAAGGGAACGACACGCAAAAUGGGACUAAGGGACGAGCUGUUAAAGGCAAUAUGGCAUGCUUUCACGGCUUUGGAUGUGGAUAAAAGUGGUAAAGUGUCUAAAUCUCAACUAAAGGUGCUGUCCCACAACCUGUGUACUGUGAUGAAGAUCCCCCAUGAUCCUGUGGCAUUAGAGGAACACUUCAAAGAUGAUGACGAGGGACCUGUCUCCAACCAUGGCUACAUGCCCUACCUGAAUACAUUCAUAUUGGACAAGGUGCAGGACAACUUUGACAGGGUGGAUUUCAACAAGAUGUGCUGGACACUCUGUGCCAGGAAGAACCUGAACAGAAACCAUCUGCUGAUCACAGAUGACGACGCAUUCAAGAUCUGGUGUAUUUUCAAUUUCCUGUCAGAGGACAAAUACCCCCUGGUCAUCGUCACUGAGGAGAUUGAGUACUUCCUGCGGAAGUUAACGGAAGCGAUGGGUGGCAGCUGGGUGGAGGAGAAGUUUGAGGACUACAAGUUGCAGCUAAACAGCUCACAGCAGUGCUUGAGUGCCUGGGAGCUCAUUGAGCUCAUUGGCACAGGGCACUUCAGCAAGGGCAUGGACCGCCAGACCCUCUCCAUGGGCAUCAGUGAGGUCUUCCAAGAGCUCAUCCUGGACGUGCUGAAACAAGGCUACAUGAUGAAAAAGGGUCAUAAAAGGAAGAACUGGACAGAGCGGUGGUUCUUGCUGCGUCCGAAUGCCAUCUCCUACUAUGUGAGUGAGGACCUGACGGAGAAGAAGGGUGACAUCAUGCUGGACGGAAACUGCUGUGUAGAGUCGUUGCCGGAUAAGGAAGGAAAGAAAUGCCUCUUCAUUGUCAAAUGUGCAGACAAAAGCUUUGAGAUCAGUGCAUCUGACAAAAAGAAGAAGCAAGAAUGGAUUCAAGCCAUCCAGACCUGCAUCAACCUGCUGAAGCGGGAUCUGCCAGCACCACACCACGAAUCCCGGCAAAAGCGCAAGGAGCUGCGGCAGAAGCUGCAGGCUGAGCAGGAGCAGCUGGAGCAGCGGAUGAAGGAGCUGCAGACCGCCAACGAAAACAAGCAGCGGGAGCUGGAGGCCAUGAGGACGAAACUGGAGGAGGCGGCGGCCAACGCAGCCGAGGAGGAGAGGCGGAGACUGCAGACACAGAGUGAGCUGCAGGACCGUUACAGAAUGGACCUGGAGAGGGAGAAAAUGGUGCGUCAACAGAUGGAAGAGCAGGUGGCCCAGAAGUCGAGUGAGCUGGAGCAGUACCUGCAGCGUGUGCGGGAGUUGGAAGACAUGUACCACCGGCUUGAGGAGGCGCUAGAGGAUGAGAGGCAGGCACGGCAGGAUGAGGAGGCAGUGCGCAAGCUGCAGGCCAGGCUUCUGGAGGAAGAGGCAGCAAAGCGGGCUGAGCUGGAGCAGUUACACCUGCAGCAACAGAAGGCCAUCUCCCAGACAGAAGCGGAGAAGCAGGAGCUGGAGAACGAGCGCUUGGCUAAGGAGACGGCACUGCAGGCUGCCAUGUCUCAACUGGAGCAGCUAGAGUGUGAGAGGCAGGGGGCACUAGAGCAGUACGAGGAGGUGAUGAAGAAACUGGAACAUGCUACCAAUAAAACCAGGAGCUGGAAGGACAAAGUUGCACAUCACGAGGGACUGAUUCGUGUCAUUCAGCCAGGCUCGAAGGGGCCGCAGAGGAUCACAAACUGGGGACCAGCGGCUUUUACUGAUGCGGAGCUGGACCGGAGAGAGCAGGACUGGCAGGAGAAGAAGAGCAGAUCUGCCCAGGCCCAGUAGAGCCCAAUCCCAGCUAACACACUGCAACUUCAUCCCCCACCCCAACAUUGCUGUGACAUCGUAGUGAUGUGACACAGUUGCCUGAGUGCAAAAAGGGCAUAAUGUGUUAAGUAUAAUCCCACAUCAGGACUUUAUCACUGCGGCUUCAGCCUUCUUUAACAUUCCAGGUUCUGCACCAGCCACAAUUUUGGAAUAUUAAGAUAUUCCAUGUGUCACCCACGGCUGCUAGUUCAACACAAUCAGAAAAAUUGUAAAGGGAGAAUGUAGGAGGAAGUGUCUGUCUCCUGAUGCUAAUCACCAUGACAGCCUGUUACCUUCCUACAUAUAAUGUCAAACUAAACAUAAACGAUUGGCCAAGGAUAUUUUUUGAUGGUUCUGGGUGGAUUUUGUACUCCUCACUUGUUAGAAACUAUACACUCCAGGGUUUUUGGUUAGUUCUCCCUCUUAGCUUUGAUAUUUUCUAUUAGUUUUGUCCUUUUUGCCAAAGGGUUGAGAAGCAAAAUGUCCUUCAGUUUUUUAUUUAUUAACACAGUGAUUUUCUUGCUGUCACUGACAUUGUAUUCUUAGUGUUUAAGCGACCACGAUUCUAAUAGUGUAUCAUCAAGUGGAAUUAACUGUUUAGUCUUUACUCAUCAUACUGCUGUAUUUCAGUAGAAUACUGUAUGUUUUGUUUAAAACAUUAUUUAAUACUAGGCAAAUUGCAUCAGGAAAACACUCAGAGAAACAGGCUUUUUUAUUUUAUAGCGUUUUUGUAAAGUCCCAGAGUUUUGCUUAUGUUUUUGGAAAGGAAGGGAUAUUUGAAAUGUGUAGAUAUGUAGCUGUGUGUCACUUUGCUUUUCAAUUUCUGUGAAAUAGUGCUGAAGACUGAAAUUUGAUAUAAAACCAUUAAAAGAAUAGCCAAAAUCAAUCAUGUUUUAAA